UCCACCGUGAACUUCCUCCCCCUUCGCGAGAACAGGCCCGCCCGGCCCUCCCUGGAGGCCUGUCCACUGGGCAUCCUCCCGGGCGGGAACACGCCCCCCAGCGCCCGGACCCCACCCCCUGCCUUGGGACUUAAAGGAGGCCUGUUCGGGACACUGGAGCUGGGAUCCCAGGAGCCCAGGGCCGGAGGGAGCCGUCGUGGAGCCCGAGAGAAGCGCGGAUUUAGGGACAUUGAAGAAGUGCCGGCGGCCGAGAUGAGGACAGAGCUCCUGUGCGUGCUGCUGCUCUGGGGAGCGGUCUUCCCCUCGCCCAGCCAGGAAGUCCACGCCCGGUUCAGAAGAGGAGGCAGGUCUUUCCAAGUGACCUGCAGACGAGGAACAGAUACCUACCAGAACCCAUCGUGGCGCGGCAAUGUCAGAAGCAGCGUGGAUAACUGCAGGUGCAAGGGACGGGCGCAGUGCCACUCCGUGCCGUCAAGAAGUUGCAGCGAACCCAAGUGCUUCAACAGCGGGACGUGUCUGCAGGCUUUGUACUUCUCGGACUUCGUCUGCCAGUGCCCCGAAGGAUUCGCUGGGAAACGCUGUGAAAUCGAAAACGGGGACUGCUACUUUGGAAAAGGGUUAGCGUACCGUGGCAGCCACAGCCUCACCACGUCCGGGGCCUCCUGCCUCCCGUGGAAUUCCAUGGGCCUGAUGGGCAAGGUCUACACAGCGUGGACCUGGAGCGCCCGGGCCCUGGGCCUGGGCCGACAUAACCACUGCCGGAACCCAGACGGGGACAUCAAGCCCUGGUGCCACGUGGUGAAGGACAGCAAGUUGACGUGGGAAUACUGUGACCUGCCCCAGUGCUCCACCUGCGGCCUGAGGGAGCACAGGCAGCCCCAGCUUCGCAUUAAGGGAGGCCUCUUCGCAGACAUCGCCUCCCACCCCUGGCAGGCCGCCAUCUUCGUCAGGAACCGGAGGGCUCCGGGAGAGACCUUCCUGUGUGGCGGAGUCUUGAUCGCCCCCUGCUGGGUCCUGUCCGCCGCCCACUGCUUCCAGGACAGGUUUCCUCCCCACCACCUCAAGGUGGUCCUGGGCAGGACGUACCGCUUGGUCCCCGGGGAGGAGGAGCAGAGGUUUGAAGUGGAGAAGUACAUCGUCCACGAGGAGUUUGACGAUGACACCUACAACAACGACAUCGCCCUGCUGCAGCUGCGCUCGGACGACGCGCCGCGCUGCGCCCGGGAGAGCCGCUCCGUGCGUGCCGCCUGCCUCCCCGAGGCCGGCCUGCAGCUGCCCGACUGGACGGAGUGCGAGCUGUCCGGCUACGGCAAGCACGAGGCGUCUUCUCUUUCUUAUUCCGAGCGGCUGAAGGAGGCUCACGUCAGGCUGUACCCGUCCAGCCGCUGCACGUCACGGUAUCUGUUCAACAGAACUGUCACCAGCAACAUGCUGUGUGCGGGAGACACUCGGAGCGGAGGGAACCACGCCAGCCUGCACGACGCCUGCCAGGGUGACUCCGGGGGUCCCUUGGUGUGCCUGAAGGACAACCGCAUGACACUGGUGGGCAUCAUCAGCUGGGGCCUUGGCUGCGGGCAGAAGGACGUCCCCGGGGUGUACACCAAGGUCACUCGCUACCUAGACUGGAUCCGAGACAAUGCGCGGCCGUGACCAGGAACACCAGCUCCCUGAAGUCACACGAGGCCCUGCCUUCUUCCUCCUGGGAGGACGCCACAGAGCAGGCGUGCUUCUCCACACGGACUUCUCCACACGGGACAAGUGGGAGAGAACCCACAGCGGGAGGGCGAGGGUGUGUGUUGUCACAAGUGCUUCCCGUUUUGGGAGUUUUCGGGAGUUAUGGGGCUGGUUUCAGAAUAUAUUCUGUCAGACUGGGAAGACAGACACGUAAAUGCCAGUCUCUCCAGGAAUGCCACCUCCUGGGGCAGACAACGGGCGAGCCAACCUGUGUUUAGCCGAAAGCCCAACCUCUUGAUCUGUCGCCUUGAGCAGCUUUGGACACAGGACACAAAAGAUAGAAGCAAACGUUUCAAUAAUAAAAAAAUCAAUAAUAACAGUACGUGGAUCCUUCAGGAAAGACUCUGCGUUGGAAACAGUGGUGUAUUUAUAGUCAGGAGAACCCGGCAGGACCUGCUGAGGAAGUGGGCUGGCCACGCAGGUCCUGGCUCUCAAAACCGCCCCUCAAACCAAGUCUCCUGCCCCCUCUCCCCACGGCCCCUGGAAGCUCUGGCCUGUGUACAGUGUAAGACCCCUGUCUUUACGAGCUUUAUAGUAGAAUGGAGGAUCGCACCACUUUAAUAGCUAGGCCUUAGCAUAGCUGUAGCAAUCCACUUUAGUUCUUGCUUACCAUAACCCUGUAUUAUACUGUACUUAAAUAAUAAAUCCAGAUAUAUUUUUCACAAA